AUGAUACAGUGUCCCGCACCCAGCACCUUGAGGGGGUUUCUGGGGCGGAGAGGCGGGCAGCGAACACAGCCGGGCCUGUUGGUGCAUCUUCGCAGCAUCAACGUCUCAUCGCGCCCUGCACCGUCCCGCUGCUCCCAGCAGGCAACAGAAUAA